AUGAUGAUCAGUUGGUUAUCCGGGACAAGUCUAAAUCUGUGUGGUUCGCGACUAGAAGAGAGAGUUCUUCUUCUUCAUCAACAACAACAACUCCUGGAAAACGGUAAUCUCGUUCUCAAAGAUGUCAACAACGACAAUCCUGAAGAUUUCUUUUGGCAGAGUUUCGAUGAACCAACCGAUACCAUACUUCCUGAGAUGAAACUACUAUGGAAUUACCAAAACAGGUAUCUGACUUCGUGGAGAGCACUUGAUGAUCCACGACCAGGAAAUUACGUCUUCAGAUUCGAAACUCCGCAGUAUCCGGUUCUUUCCAUUUGGUAUAAAGCCUUCCUUCUUUACAGGAGCGGUCCUUGGAACGGAUACAAGUUCAUCGGAGCUCCAUCCUUGUUUAGAUUAGAAUGGAAGGACCAGCAAAUCUCGUAUUUGUCGAUUAAUACUACUACUACUUCGCCAGACUACACAAGAGUACAAUUAGACAAUGAUGGAUCAGUGAGACACUACACCUUGGAAUCAAAUAGUCAAAAAGUGGGACCAGCAAUGGAGCUCAUCCCUUUGUACUCGGAACGCUUAUUGUCGGAGUGUAUCCCAGGUUUUGAGUUCGGUAGCUUGAACGUGACAACAAAAGAGUGUGUGCAGAAAAAGAAUGGGACCUGCAACGGAGACGACCAUUUCUCACUUGUUCGGAAAAUGAAUCUUCCAGACAGCCGCAAUGCCAAAUCUAACCCGUCCAUCACCAAGCCAGAACAAUGCGGUAAGAUUUGCCUUGGAGAUUGCACUUGUACUGCUUAUUCUAUAAGCAUAAGCCUAGAAACUGACAACUGGAGCUGUAUAACAUGGAGCCGAGACUUGCUUGACCUCCGCAGUUAUUUCGAAGAGGGUCUAGACCUUUAUGUGCGAACGGCUGGGAAGAAGAAAAGCAAAACAGGAUUGAUCGUAGGUACUUGUGUUUGUAUCUUGGUGGUUUUGGCUCUUUUACCAUUAUUUUGCUACUGGAGGAGGAAAAAGAAGAGAGAAAGAGAAAGAGCCACCACCGCUGCAUCAUCAAUUGGUAAGUAA